GUUACCGUAGACAUUCGUCCUUUUGUCUAUGGUGGGACUUGGACAACCAGUCAAAAACCAAAUGAAUUUGAGGUUAGAAAGUGUCUUUCCACAAUUUGGUCACUAAUAAUUUGUGCAUUGUGGAGAAAAACUAAGAAAGAAAAUGAGUUAUUCAAAGUUUGAUUUGACGUUUAAAAUAGGUCAAUACCUAGACCGCCACCUUGUGUUUCCUUUACUGGAAUUUUUAGCAGCUAAAGAGACUUAUGAUCAAUCGGAACUGCUGCAAGCAAAGCUGGAAAUUUUGAGCAAAACUAACAUGAUUGAUUAUGUUAUUGACAUCCGUGGAAUGCUUUAUCCAGAUGAAGAUACACCUGAGGAAAUCAAAUCACGCAGAGGAGUUGUUCUAUCACAACUGCAAAUUCUCCAAGAUGCUGUAGAACCAGUGCUGCGUUUGAUGCAGAGAGAUGAUGUCAUGAAGACUGUUGAAACUAUGAGGGAUCCUAAGACUCUUAUAAAUUAUUUAACUACUAAUAAAGAGUUCGAGUUCAAAAUUGAGAUGAUUGACAGCAUGUAUCGGUUGGCAAAAUACCGCUAUGAGUGUGGUAAUUAUGUUGAAUCAGCAUCAUACCUGUACUUCUGCCAGUUAGUUAUGUUACCAACUGAUAAGAACUACCUCUCAGUACUCUGGGGUAAACUGGCCAGUGAAAUCCUGGUGCAGAACUGGGACGGGGCGCUGGACGACCUGACGAAGCUGAGAGAGUUCAUCGACAAUGGGGCGGCCGGAGCUACGGUCAGCAACAUGCAGGCCCUUCAGCAACGCACCUGGCUCGUGCACUGGUCGCUCUUCGUGUUUUUCAACCACGUGAAAGGCCGCGACCUUAUCAUUGAGAUGUUCUUGUACAAGCCAUUAUAUUUAAAUGCCAUCCAGACGAUGUGCCCACACAUUCUCCGAUACCUGGCGACGGCGGUCAUAAUCAAUAGAUCAAGGAGAAACGCUCUCAAAGACUUAGUGAAAGUAAUUCAACAGGAAGCUUACACAUACAGAGAUCCUAUCACCGAGUUCAUUGAGCAUCUGUACGUGAACUUCGAUUUCGAGGCGGCCCGCAGAAAAUUGAACCAGUGUCAAGCUGUGUUGCUAACGGACUUCUUCCUGAUCGCGUGUCUUGACGAGUUUGUCGAAAAUGCACGUCUCAUGAUCUUCGAAACAUUCUGUAGGAUACACCAAGUCAUCAGUAUUGGAAUGUUGGCUGAAAACUUGAACAUGCAGCCUGACGAGGCGGAGUGCUGGAUUGUGAACUUGAUCCGUAACGCGCGCCUCGACGCGAAGAUUGACUCUAAACUUGGCCACGUGGUAAUGGGCGCUCAACCGCUCUCGCCAUACCAACAGUUGGUCGAGAGGAUCGACUCCCUCGCAGUCCGCUCCGAAGCUCUGACAUCAUUAGUUGAAAGGAAACAUAAAGCUCGCAAUCAAGAUAUUCGUUGGGGAACUCAAGAAUUUUAAGCCAGUCAAUUUUUUGUAAAAGUUUCAAAAAUAUUGGUUCUACUAUAAACAUCAUUUUGUAAUGAGAUAUUUUUUAUUAAAAUAUCGUUGUAACUUA